UGAGCGCUUUCAGGGGGAGCGAAACGGUGGGAGAAAGAGGGAGAGAGACAUAGAGAAAACAAGAGAGAGGGAUAGAUGUAGCCUAGAGGCCCGAGGGGAAACUGGACAACGGGAGAGACGCCACACGGAGCACAUGGACCCGCCGACGCGCCUAACGCUAACCAGUCCCGGAAUUUCACCGAGCUCCGGUCAUUAGCCGCCAGUUUUACCAGCACGCGGCGCAGCUUUAGCCAGCGGGGGUCGGCGGGCUGUAGCUAAGCGUUAACUGCUGUUUAUUUAGUGGCGUUUGUAGCUAACGUAUGUUUAAGUGGGUGGGGUUGGAGUUGGUCUGACCACGUAACGUUAGCUAAACAUACAUUACAUACCACACCAUACAUGUAGGUUAGCUUGGUAGUUACUAGCUAAUACGUGGUAGGGGGUGCUCGUCAUUUUCUUAUAGUGAGGAUGGGGGUACGGAGUGACUAGCUUGCAGUAUCUCUGUCUGUGUGUUUUAUUUGUUUAUUUUUUUAAUGGUUAGCUAACUGGAUAGCUAACCUAGCUUACUAGGUGUGGUAGGUUUAGACACCUGUAACGUUAAUGCUGUAAAGUAACCUAGCUAUGUGGUUAAUAUAUGGCGUUAAUUACUAGAUAUAAAACGUUAACAUUCCGUCGUUAAGGCUCGGUUGCUAACCUAAGUAAGCUAAUGUUAGUGUUUUGUAGCUAAUAUAUUAUAUAUGUGUGUAUGUUUUUUAAUAACUGUGUGUGCCUUUCCCAGCUGUUUUAAGCUCUGUUUUGUUUAACUGUAACCGUAACGUGACAUAGUUAGGUUAACAUAGGCUAGCUAACGUUACCUAGAUAACCUGCUUAUUAAAAGCAGGUUUUAUCGUUACAAAUGAUGAAAAUAUCAUUAGGCGAACACCAGCAUGAGUUUAGCGACCAAUUUCUUUAGCUAACUAACGUUAAAAAGGACGUUACCUAGGUUGGCUAACUAGCUAGUUAGCUUAGCUAGUUACGUUAAACCACGGCGUUACCGUUAGUUACUUGGCCUAGCUAACCUGGCUAACUAGCGUCUCCUCGACUGCUCUGUGUGUGUUGUGUGUUCUGGCGAAACGCUGCAGUUCAUGUUUCGACAAGAAGUCAGUGUGCUGUCCUUCAUCCCGUCGUGUUCGUACCUUUUCCAAUACGAGAAGAGGAACAUGUCUCGGUACAACAUCUACAGCCUGCUGGACUGGGUUUACGGCGGAGUGGACCCCAAGUUCGAGGGCAACGGAGGCCCCGAGUGCGCCGCCUUCAUCGCCCCCCAGCAGCGGCUGUGCGAAAGCCUCAUCAUCGUGCUCCUGUCCGUGGUGGAGGUGUUCUUGGCUUUAAGGAAAAUCAACUUCUCCAGAGAGCACAGAGAGGCGGUGAAGGAUGGGAGGAAGAAUAAAGAAGACAGCUGGGGCAAGAACCUGUUGCUCGUGGCUCUCUGUAUGACUUUUGGCAUGGAGGUCGGCUUCAAGUUUGCUACCAAGACGGUCAUCUACCUUCUGAACCCUUGCCAUGUGGUCACUAUGGUGCAGAUCUUCCUGCUGGCCUGUCCACCCUGUAAAACAGCAAUGGUCAUCUUUAGGCUUCAGGUCCACAUGCUGAAUGGUGCCCUGUUAGCCCUUCUUUUCCCAGUGGUCAACACAAGAUUACUCCCCUUCGAGAAGGAGAUCUACUACAUCCAGCACUCCAUGCUCUACCUGGUGCCCAUUUACCUCUUUAGAAAAGGAGGUGUGUACAAACCGGAGCCGCUGAGAGACAUGUGGUGGGCGCUGUUAUCCACAGGCAUCCUUUUCCUCUACCACUUUGUGUUCCUACAGGGGCUAGGAAUGGUGACAGAGGUGAACCUGAACAACAUGCUGUGUCCGGCUGUGUCCGAUCCCUUCUACGGCCCCUGGUACCGAGUGUGGGCCACAGGUCACCAGACCGCACUGACACUGGUGCACGGCAAAGCGCUGACCAUCCUCUCCCACCACACCGUGCCCGCUGUACGCCACCUGCUGGAUACAGCACGCCUGCGCAGCAAGAAGGUGGACUGAAGCUUCAUAAGGGACUCGCCUCUUCCGCUCCGCCGCCGCACACACACGCACGAAGCCUCACGCACUCCCGCACUCGGCGAACCUCCUGCCGUCAUCCGGAACUCCAAACUCAUCUGUUACUGUGUCGACAAGUGGUCAGUGAAGUGUUGCUGCAUGGCUCCUGUGUGUUCAGCGGGAGUAAAGCGUAGGUCAGUGUUUUUACAGGAGCGUGAAAAGAGAAGUCUUUUCACUCAGAUCGGUUGUGAAACUGCUAAACUUGCCUUGCUUAUUUACAUGGGAGGUUUUCUUAAACCAAGCUUCUGGUAACACACAUACACACACUUACAUACAUACAUAAAGUUCACUCUCAAGUUGCCUUUUUUUUGGUUCAUGUUUUAACAGUGAUGUGGGUCCAACCCAGCGUUCUCAUGGUUAACAGAUAAAUCAACAUCUCACCUUCAUCUGAAACUGUAUUUUGUCGUUUAACCUCAAAAACGUUGCCAUUUUUAAACUUCAUAUUUAAAGACAAUUGGUACAUAUUGUCUUGGUUAACAUGUAGAAAGCAUCGAUGUGAUGAUAUUGUGUUUGUAUCAGAGAUGUGUGGUGCUUUCAGGCUCUCUAAUAUCCAGUUUUUGUUUAAUUAUGUUUUUCUUGUUGGCAUGUAAAUAAUCAGCUUUUAGAAUGACUGAGCAGAACACACUGUUACCCCCCUCCCAUUCACGAUAUAGGACACAACCGUGAGCCUCUUUACUAAAUGUAAAAGUGGUUUUGUGGUUUUAUUGUGGAGAAGGCUUGUUCUCAAAGUGUUGUCUAUCUGUGAUGAUAUAAGGGAAGAGAUGGAUAUAUAACUGUAUCAGAUGUAGCUGUGAGGCAUUGUAAGGGAAAGUAGUUUUUUUUUUUUUUUUUUUAAUUCCUCAUCAGAAAUCUUUAUUUUUUUUAAUAACAUUUUUAAUACAUGUUCCUGCCUCAAUGGGGUAGUUUUUAUUUUUAUUUCAGGCACAAUUUAAUUUUCAUUUAUAUUACGGUGUUCUUGGUUCUUGUCAUAAUACUUUUUAGGUUUUGAUUCAUUUCUUUUUCUAUUCCUAAAAAAAUUAAUAAUAAAACUGAACAUAUUGUAUAAACCUUAAAAGUACUGUUCAACAAACAGCCAUGUUGCCACCCCAUGUACAUUGAACUCUGGAGACCAAGAAUGGACUUAGCAUUUUGUUUUAAUAAAGGUGGAAGUUUUUCAUUGGGAGAAAGAAGUUGUUUACACACUUAAGAAGAGUUGCGUCUGGCUUUUCAGUUGGAGGGCAGAUCCCUGUUGAAGUUUGAGUGUUUUUGUCCCCCCAGAGUUUGACACCCUGGCAAAUUUCACGCAAAUCUCCAGUGAAAAGUGUUGUAAUUAGUGUUGUUGAUUUUUGAACGCUGUAUCUCAACAGGUACUGGUGGAUUCUGGAUGAUUCUGGCCCAGGGAUAGAACUAUCUGGAUAUUAAGGUGUUGCAUACUUCUGACUGAAAGGGAACAUUUGUUGUUGUUUUUGUACAUAUUUUUAGUGAAAUAUGUAUUGUAUGUACUGUGUUAUAAAAAUAAUAAAGUUCUACUCCCAGG